GCUGCUGGCGGCGGCCGUGGCUUGUGCUAAGCGGCCGGUCGGCCGGUCGCGGAGAUGUCGGCCUCGCUGGGCCCCCGCGCCCCCGCUGCCUCUGCCGCCUCUGCCGCCACCGUGCCCGCCGUGCCCGACCUGAGCCAUCUGACUGAGGAGGAGCGGAGCAUCAUCAUGGCCGUGCUGGACCGGCAGCGUGAGGAGGAGCGCAAGGAGGAGGCGAUGCUCAACUUACCCCAAUGGAAUGAAUUGCCAACAAGACCAUCGAAGAGACUCAGCAAGAUGUAUUCUUCUCCCGAUCUGGACCAACGUCUGCAUCAGCAAUUUGAGAGCUAUAAAGAGCAGAUAAGGAAGAUUGGUGAUGAAGCCCGGCGUUAUCAGGGGGAACACAAGGAUGAUGCUCCAACAUGUGGGAUCUGCCUCAAAACCAAGUUUGCCGAUGGCUGCGGCCACAUCUGCUCUUAUUGCCAGACUAAGUUUUGUGCCCGGUGUGGAGGUCGGGUUACUCUUCGCUCAAAUAAUGAGGACAAAGUGGUAAUGUGGGUAUGCAAUUUAUGCCGUAAGCAACAGGAAAUUCUUACAAAAUCAGAAGCGUGGUUCAUUGGAAGUGGAACACCACAGACGUCAAAUCAGGAUGGAACCUUGAGUGACACAGCUACUGGUGGUGGUUCUGAUGCUCCAAGAGAAAAGAAAGCAAGACUGCAAGAGCGCUCACAUUCCCAGACUCCUUUAAGUACAGUAGUACCGACACAAGACGCUACUCUGCCUGACAAGACUCGAGUGUCUGAACUUGCUCGGCAAGAGAUGGGUUUUGAACAGAAACAGUCUGCAUUAAGAUCUCGGAGCGAACCCCCGAGAGAGAGGAGGAAGAAUUCUUCAUUUUCAGAACAGAAUGGAAAAGUGCAGAAAGGUGAACGGAAACGCACCCCAAAGACAUCCCCUCGGCAGGUUGACAGGCCAGCCGAAGAAAGAGAACAUAAAGAGCGGCGAGAGAGCCGGCGGCUGGAGAAAGGCCGAUCACAGGACUAUCAGGACAUGGGUGAAAAAUUAGAAGGGGAGAAGCUGGAAGAUAGGAACAUGGAAUGGAAUGGAGAGGAGUAUCAGAACCGAUACAAGAGUGAUCCCAAUCUAGCACGGUAUCCUGCUAAAUCCCUACCCGAGGAGCAACAGAUGCGCAUGCAUGCUAAAGUGUCAAGAGCACGACAUGAAAGGAGACACAGUGAUGCAUCCCUUCCAAAUACACCGGUUGAAGAGGGCCAGGGAACAGAGCACAGAUUACCAAGGAGGACACAGCAACAGGAAGAGCAGCUUUCCCCUACUGAAGCGCAGAAGUCCUACCCCAGUGAAAGGAAUGCAGAUGUACAGCUUUCAGCUUCUCGACAGCAGCAUCUGAGCAAUCACAGCCCACCAACACAGGGAAGGAGCACUGCUUCGACUGAGCACCUGGAUGCAAAGGACCAAGACUCCUACAGAAAGCAGUCUCACCUGGAUCCCAGCUCUGCUGUGGCUCGAACUAAGCGGGAAAAAAGUGAAACCAUGCUGAGAAAUGAUUCUCUUAGUUCUGACCAAUCAGAAUCUGUCAGGCCACCUCCACCAAAACCACAUAGAAUGAAGAAAGUUGGUAAAAAAAGACAAAUAUCAGUAAGCAGCUCUGAGGAGGAGGGAGCAUCAACACCAGAAUACACCAGUUGUGAAGAUGUGGAAAUAGAAAGCGAAAGUGUCAGUGAGAAAGGUGAUCUAGAUUACUAUUGGUUGGAUCCCGUUACGUGGCAUGGCAGCGAGACCUCGCCAAUCAGCUCGCAUCCCGUUACGUGGCAACCGUCCAAAGAAGGAGAUCGUCUCAUAGGACGUAUAAUUUUGAACAAGAGAACAAGUAUGCCUAAAGAAUCUGGAGCUUUACUUGGGUUAAAAGUGGUUGGAGGAAAGUUAACAGAAACUGGAAGACUUGGGGCCUUCAUCACCAAAGUGAAAAAAGGCAGCUUAGCUGAUGUUGUGGGCCACUUGAGAGCUGGUGACGAGGUCCUUGAAUGGAAUGGGAAACCUUUACCGGGAGCUACAAAUGAAGAAGUUUACAAUAUCAUUUUGGAAUCUAAAUCAGAACUUCAGGUUGAAAUAGUUGUUUCAAGGCCAAUAGGUGACAUACCUAGAAUUCCGGAGAGCUCCCACCCCCCUUUGGAGUCCAGUUCGAGUUCCUUUGAGUCGCAGAAGAUGGAACGGCCCUGUAUUUCAGUCAUUUCUCCAACCAGCCCAGGAGCUUUGAAAGAUGCCCCUCAGAUCUUACCUGGACAGCUCUCAGUGAAACUCUGGUAUGAUAAAGUAGGCCACCAGUUGAUAGUGAAUGUGUUACAAGCCAUGGAGCUUCCUUCUCGAGGGGAUGGUCGGCCCAGGAAUCCUUAUGUAAAAAUGUACUUCCUUCCAGAUCGAAGUGACAAAAGUAAGAGGAGGACCAAAACAGUCAAGAGAAGCUUAGAGCCAAAAUGGAACCAAACGUUUAUCUAUUCUCACGUUCACCGAAGAGACUUUAGAGAACGGAUGUUAGAGAUCACGUUGUGGGAUCAGCCUCGAGUGCACGAAGAAGAAAGUGGAUUCCUUGGAGAGAUCCUUAUAGAGCUGGAGACGGCAUUGCUGGAUGAUGAACCACACUGGUAUAAACUUCAGACGCAUGACGUAUCUUCACUACCACUGCCCCAACCAUCGCCCUACAUGCCACGGCGGCAUGUCCAUGGGGAUAGUCCUAGUAAAAGACUACAAAGAUCUCAGCGAAUCAGUGAUAGUGACAUCUCAGAUUAUGAUGUUGAUGAUGGUAUUGGAGUGGUCACAGCAGAUUAUAGGGUUAGCAGUAGAGAAAGUAGAGCAAGCACACUAACAGUGCCAGAUCAACAGCGAAGCCCGCAUCAUCGUUCACGCUCUGUCUCUCCUCACCGUGGUGAUGACCAGGGCAGGACCCGGUCACGUUUACCCAGUGUCCCACUACAGAGGAGUCUAGACGAAAUCCAUCAGAGUCGGCGAUCUCGUUCUCCCACCCAAUACCAAGCUGUCUCACGCAGUCCUGUCGAGCACAGGCCCAGGGACAUAGACAAUCAUUACCCAUAUGAAAGAGACAGUGAGCUCCUUAUGCUGCCCAGAGCAAAACGAGGAAGGAGUGCAGAAUGCCUGCAUACUGCCAGUGAAAUACAGCACUCUCUUGACAGGGCUAGGAGUGCUAGUACCAACUGUUUGAGACCCGAUACUAGUUUACAGUCACCAGAACAAGACAGGUGGUUUCACUCCCUAGAUAGGAAACGACCUCCUAGUCCCAGGAUUCACAUCCAGCAUGCCUCUCCAGAGGAUGACAGAGUGUACCAACAAGGAAGCCUGGUGCAAUCACCGUCAACGACAGCACCACUGUACGGGCGGAGGGGAAGGCAGCUCCCACAGGUCCCUGUCAAAAGCACGAGUGUGGAGCAAGGAAGCCGAAUAGUGGAAGAGCGAUCGAAGUCUAUAAAGGCAAAAGUGUACGCGAGCAAACAGCCGGCGGGCAUGGUGGCCAGCUUGGAACAGGAGCGGGAGUUGUACACAAAGCAUCUUUCGUAUAAUGAACAAAACAGAAGCAUUGAUAAUGUUUCGGUCAAGUCGUCAGACAGCGAUGCCAGUGAUGUAUCAGCCAUCUCUCGAACCAGCAGUGCCUCUCGUCUCAGCAGUACAAGCUACAUGUCAGUACAAUCCGAGCGCCCAAGGGGCAGUCGGAAGAUUAGAUCGAAAUCCUUAGAAAACAGCAGGGAUGUGACAAAUAAAAAGGAGAGGAGGAUAUCGUGGGUGUUAGUAGACCAGGGAGAGAAAAGAAACUCUGAAAAGAAGCCAGGAAAAGAAGAUCUGAAAAAGAGACGGCAUUCGGCUUCUGGUGACUUGAGCAGGCAGAUGGGGACCUCGGGGAGAAAUAUUAUGAAGAGCACAAGUGUAAGUGAGGAGAUGUAUAGUCUGGACAAUAACGACGGCAGUCAGUCGGACACUGCUGUGGGGACAGUAGGAACAGGGGGCAAGAAAAGAAGAUCGAGUUUGGGUGCAAAAAUGGUGGCCAUUGUCGGCUUGACGAGGAGGAGCAGGAGCACAUCACAGCUCAGCCAGACUGAGGCUAGAGUGAAGAAGUCCAGAAACACCAUCCAGAGAAGCACAGAGACUGGCAUGGCAGUGGAAAUGCGACGCAUGACGCGACAGGCCAGCCGGGAGUCUACAGAUGGUAGCAUGAACAGCUACAGUUCAGAAGGAAAUUUAUUUCCUGGGAUGAGAUUAGGUGCCGACAGUCAAUUCAGCGACUUCCUUGAUGGGCUGGGACCUGCGCAACUUGUUGGAAGGCAAACAUUAGCAACGCCAGCCAUGGGUGACAUUCAAAUUGGGAUGCUGGACCGGAAGGGGCAGUUGGAGGUUGAAGUCAUUCGAGCACGAGGCCUCAUUCAAAAACUAGGCUCUAAGUCGCUCCCUGCUCCUUAUGUCAAAGUGUACCUGCUGGAGAAUGGUGUUUGCAUUGCCAAAAAGAAAACAAAAAUUGCACGGAAAACACUCGAUCCACUCUAUCAACAGUCUUUGCCAUUUGAAGAAAGCCCACAGGGUAAAGUCUUACAGGUGAUAGUAUGGGGAGAUUAUGGCCGAAUGGACCACAAGUGUUUUAUGGGCGUGGCACAGAUCCUACUGGAAGAGCUUGACCUUUCCAGCAUGGUCAUUGGCUGGUACAAACUGUUCCCAACAUCUUCACUGGUGGACCCCACCUUGACACCACUGACUCGUAGAGCUUCCCAGUCAUCUCUUGAGAGUUCAACUGGAUCUCCCUGUAUAAGGUCGUAAUGAUUUCCAAAUAAAUCAACAAACAGGCAGAAAUCAGACGCUGACCACAAAUAUGAUCAAAUUGCUGCUGGAGCCAGACAAUCACCUUUGUUUUGCCAACGGCACUGUUUCAAACAACAAUAGGGCUUCAUCAAUCCUAAAAAUGACAUACAUAUGUGAAUGUAUUUCUGUAUGUAUGCUGGCAUGAACUGGCACACGCGCACUGCAUUAAAUCUGAAUGGAAAAUGGUGAUCAGUGAGAUUCACUGACUAUAUGUAAGAGGCUAAGUGAAGGAGACCAGUACUCUGACCUAAAAAAAAAAAGAGCUUUAGCCACAUACUGGAAAGUAUCAAACUCGGAUUAAAAAUUUGAAUUGUUCAUUAACAUUUCUAUAGAAAUGACAAACAGUGUUACCUUUCUGCUCUUACAUUUUGUUUCCUUGCACACACUUCUUCCACUGCUGUCUGCUCACUGAAGCCUCACUAAAUGCUGGUGUUUGUUUUCUCUGCUGGUGGCAGAGUCCAUGCCCGUGACUCGAGGCCAGCGGUAUAUUUCUGAGAGCAAUACGAAUGGUAUUCAACAAUUACAGACUUUAUGCAGAUAAUGUCAGUGUGUGCAUAUCAUUGGCUCCCAAUCAAAAACAUAACAUUGAUUGCAAUUUAGCGACAGAGAGGAUUUCAGAUUCAGAACUGAUUCAGAUUCUGAUUCAGAACUCGUUAUAUUUCUAAACAGAAGACUUUGAAGUGUUGUUUGUCAUUUGCCAUAUAAUUGCCAUUGCUUCUCUCUUUGUAAAACAGGCACAUGUUUGCAUUUUGAAUUAAUAAUUUUUAUGUUUUCUGAUGUUUUGCAUGAAAACAAUGUUUUGAAACUGCUGUCAGUGCUGGGGACUGUGAAAAGCAACUUUAGUUGUGGUAUUCUGCAGAGAUUGUGGCACUAAACUGUUCCUUGUAAUGCAGUUCUCUUCCAAUAAUUACAGUUGAGAUAAAUGCUGUAUAAAAUUGUACAUUUGACUGCCUAAAGUGUUGGCCAAUAAUGGACGGAGCAUAAGCUGUUUGAGCUGUACCUGAGACUUUUCCUGGAUGUUUGUGUCAAUUGGCAAUCUGAGCUGAUCUGACAGAGCAUGAAGAUUGCUGGACGUUCUGGUUGAAAACACGUUAAUAAUUUUAUAUCUGAUUUUAGCUAACUUUAUUUCAGGAUUACUGCAAGAACAAUUAUUUUUAACAGUGAAAUGCAUUACUUUUUGAAAGAAAGGCAAACUUUUGAUUGCUUUUUUUAAAAAAAAAAAAGUUUUUUUUUCUGAGUCCCAUAGUACGUGAAGCCCCAUGUGUACGUUACAUCCAUGAGGUGCAGUGAUUCUUCCUCCUCCUGCUCCCGAGGCCACUUUGAGUUUCUGAUCACUGAUGUGGAGCGGCAUGACCCUGGGCCAGUUCACCUGCUGCAUGCACGUUUUGUAGGGGAGGGUGGGGAGGGUGGUGGGGACAGAACACAGGAGUUUGUAUGUGUGUUAGUUCCACAUAGGCCAGCUUGUAAGUUGCAUGUACUUGUACAGUUUGCUUGUUAAUUAAUAUAUGGAGAUUACAAAAAAGAAAUCAAAGCCAUUUGUUUCUGCUAUAGACUUAUUGCUGAUUUUAACAAGCCUCAGGUUUGGCAGUGGAUGUCCACUGAAAGAUUUUUUUGUACCCUAUCUGGCAAAUAAUUGCUGAUGCAGUGCAGAAAAGCACCUUAUUGGCCUUGACGUGGACUCUUACUGUGGGGUUUUAGCAGCCUUGUGUAUACUCAGUUUUGAAUUCAAGGUAUUUUGCCUGCACGGAGUGAAUUGUCUCAUUUAAAUUGGCCAGCACUUUGUUUGUGUUCCCAUAAUGUAGAAUAAGACUGAUUGCUGCUCGACCUGCUGAGCAGGAAGAAUUAAAACACUGGUUUGCUACACCUUUAGGUUGUAUUCGAUUUGUUGUGGCCAAAUUCAGCUGGUUGGGUGGUAUCUUUCUAAUGGCAACAGUUGUCUAAACACUCCCCUGUGCUUUUAAAUGAACCUCAGACAUAUGUUAUGUAAACAACAUGUUUAAUAAAAGUUACUUUUCAUGUCAA